CGAAGGCUCUCAGGUUUCGACCUACGGCGGAUCUGAAUGCACUCUUCGAGUCUCUUCGCUGUCAUUGCGGCCGCUCUGAAACUCACAUGGUGUUCGGGGACCUCUCGGUAACGCAACAUGAGUGCUUUGUGUCGCCUGCUUCGGAGAGGACUGCUGAGCGGUCGGCCAUCAUGCUGUUUCCCCCCCGGUCAGCUGGUUGUGUGUGGGGGCGCAGCUCUCCCGGUUCGGACUGCCAGCUCGUCCAGUCCUGUCAACUUGACAUAUGACGUUUUCGAUGGGAAAGGAGAGAGCACUCCCCUGGUGUUUCUACACGGCCUUUUUGGCAGUAAAUCUAACUUCCACUCAAUAGCCAAGUCCUUGGUGCAGCGCACAGGCCGAAAGGUGUUGACUGUAGAUGCCCGUAACCAUGGCAACAGCCCUCACACCCCUGAGCUGACCUAUGAGGCCAUGUCCAGCGAUUUGAAACACCUCCUCGGCCAGCUGCAUAUAGAGAAGUGCGUCCUCAUCGGCCAUAGCAUGGGGGGUAAAACCGCCAUGACAACCGCUCUGACACAGCCGAGUUUAGUGGAGGGCUUAGUGGUUGUGGACAUCAGUCCUGCUCAGUCCACCACACGCACCAACUUCCGCUACUACAUCCAGGCCAUGCAGGAGAUGAAGAUCUCCACCGACAUCCCUCGUUCCACUGCUAAGCGGAUGGCUGAGGAUCAGCUGCGCCCCCUGGUGAAGGAGCACUCUGUGCGUCAGUUCCUGCUGACGAACCUGGUGGAGCAGAACGGCCACUACAGCUGGAGGGUCAACCUGGAGUCCAUCGCAGCACACCUUGAUGAAAUCACGAGUUUCCCCCACUUUGACACCGUCUAUAAUGGGCCGACGCUGUUCUUGGGUGGAGCCAGCUCUGCUUAUAUUAGCUCUGACGAUUACCCAGAAAUCCAGAGGCUGUUCCCCAACGCCGACAUCCAGUACAUCCCCGACGCCAGCCACUGGAUCCACGCAGACAAACCCUUAGAUUUCAUCAGCUCCAUCAUCUCCUUCCUUCAGUCUUAGCUGCCUCUAGCCUUCACCCCAAGACUUUCUAACUCUAAGCAGUGUCCCCUCGCUGAAACCGAAGGUGAGAAUUCAGCAGCUUCAGCACAACAAGGGGAGAGCUGGGUUAUAAUCGAUGCUAAUAUUUUCCAACACUGGACUAAAUUCACCUCCACCUUUUAACAUCAACUCUUAGUAUUUACAUUAUUAGCUUUCAUUUAAUGUCUCUCUUUGACACAU